CAACACUCACACAACACACAAACAGAGACACAGAAAACGCUGUUUCAUAGCCAUCCUCCAGGAACACACGCACACAUCGCUCCGACGACGGACGGUUCUUCUCGGAAUGGCGAACAAUUCGUGCAACGAGGCGUGGGUCAUCGAGAACGGCGGCCUCAAGGUGUCGAGCAAGGAGACGAGGCCCGGCCGGACGGCGCACAACAUGUCGUCGUCGUCGCUGCGCAAGAAGUCCGACCUCGCCCUCGUCUCGAAGGUCCCGUGCCGCUCCCUCCGGAUGCUCCUCGCCAACCUCCAGGAAGUCAUCCUCGGGACCAAGCUCUCCAUCCUCUUCCCGGCCAUCCCUCUCGCCGUCGCCGCCGAGUUCUACGGCUUGGGAAGAUCGUGGGUCUUUGCUCUGAGCCUCCUUGGACUCACCCCUCUUGCCGAACGUGUCAGCUUCUUGACAGAGCAAAUUGCUUACUACACCGGGCCCACAGUGGGAGGGCUUCUGAAUGCAACCUGUGGCAAUGCAACCGAGCUGAUAAUAGCCAUAUUUGCCCUAAGCCAACACAAGAUUGAGGUGGUGAAGUACUCUCUCUUGGGUUCCGUCCUCUCCAACCUCCUGCUUGUCCUCGGCACUUCGCUGCUGUGCGGCGGUCUCGCCAACCUCCGGAGAGAGCAAAAAUAUGACCGGAGACAAGCCGACGUGAACUCCCUCUUGCUGUUGCUGGCGCUGCUGUGCCACCUGCUGCCGAUGCUGUUCCGUUACGCCGGCGGUUCGGCCGCCUCGACCGCGGACCCGACACUCAACCUCUCGAGGGCGAGCAGCGUGGUCAUGCUCCUCGCCUACGUCGUCUACAUCUUCUUCCAGCUCGUCACGCAUCGCCAAUUGUUCGAAGCACAGGACUCUGAUGAAGAAGAUGACACGGUUUCUGGUGAAGGGGCAGUGAUAGGGUUUUGGAGUGGAUUUGUUUGGCUGGUGGGGAUGACCCUUGUCAUAGCUUUAUUAUCCGAGUAUGUUGUCAACACAAUCGAGUCGGCGUCGGCUUCGUGGGGCCUGUCCGUGAGCUUCCUCAGCAUAAUCCUGCUGCCGAUCGUCGGGAACGCGGCCGAGCACGCCGGGGCAGUCAUAUUCGCUUUCAAGAACAAGUUGGACAUAUCUCUAGGCGUCGCUUUGGGCUCGGCGACUCAAAUUGCGAUGUUCGUGGUCCCUUUUUGUGUGAUUGUUGCUUGGAUAAUGGGGAUUAAGAUGGACCUCAAUUUCAACCUUCUUGAGACUGGCUCUCUUGCUCUAUCAAUCAUCGUCACAGCUUUCACUUUGCAGGAUGGAACUUCCCACUACAUGAAAGGAUUGGUUCUCCUGCUUUGCUACGUAGUGAUUGCAGCGUGCUUUUUUGUCUUAAGAACUCCCCAGGAUCUACCUAACAUGAACAACUUGGAGCUCAAUCUACCAACUGAAGUAGUUUUCAGAGCUUGAACCAAAUUCGGGCACCCGCUCGAUGAAGGAUACGAGGGCUCGGAUGAGAGGUUAACUAAACCGGUGAUUCGUCGAGAGGCGAGGAGGAUUUGUUAUUCUUUCGAUUGCGUUGAUCGAUUGGUUCGGUUCGAUUGCUCGAGAGGAGUUACCGGGAAUUUUGCUUCCAUCUAAGGGUUUGUUCAUUCGUCUUGAUGAAGGUGGUCUAAAGGAAGAUGGGAUUCAUGGCCUUUUGGUAUAUUUAAGUGUGGAUCAUUUAGGGUUUUUGGUUGAGUGAAAAUUUUUGUUCCUCAUUUCAACUUGGAGUGACGUGGCAAUGCAAAAAAGGGUGAUACAAUAAAUAAUAGUCAAUAAAGGAAGUCUCUUCCUGUUGUUUUGUUUUA